AUGCCCCUCUGGAAUCGCAUCCGGAAAGCAUGCAACGGGGGAGUCAGCAGCCUCUCCCACCUGCGGAAGCAAGCGGAGAAGAAGGUGUGGAAGCAGCAGAAGCAAGCGGAGGAGAUGGUGCGGAAGCAGCAGAAGCAAGCGGAGGGGAUGGUGCGGAUGCAAGCGGAGAAGGUGCGGAAGCAAGUGAAGGAGAAGGUGCGAAAGCAGCAGAAGCAAGUGGAGGAGAUGGUGCGGAAGCAAGCGGAGGAGGAGGUGCGGAAGCAGCAGAAGCAAGCGGAGGAGAUGAUGCGAAAGCAGCAGAAGCAAGCAGAGGAGAUGGUGCGGAAGCAGCAGAAGCAAGCGGAGGAGAUGGUGCAGAAGCAAGCGGAGGAGAAGGUGCAGAGGCAGCAGAAGCAAGCGGAGGAGAUGGUACAGAAGCAACAGAAGCAAGCGGAGGACAUGGUGCAGAAGCAGCAGGAGAGCAAAGCAGAGGGAACUCAACCUCACAUAGCAUACAUGGUGGAGGAAGGUCCAGCCAGCGCUCGAGGAGGCCCUCAAUGUCGUCUUCUUGUACUCCUGCUGGAUCCUUGCCCUGGCCAUCUUCUGCACGAUGUUCUGCGCCUGUUGGUCCAUGAACUUGGCAAGAACCUGCUCAGAAGGUUGAAAUUGCCCAAGUAUUAG